AAAAGAAAGAAAUAAAAAAAAAAAAAAUCUGUGCAUUUCUAUUUUCUCCUCUUUUUUUUUCAAAAUUGGGUAUCACACAUUGCAGAAAUAAUGUCAGAAACUAUUUGUUUGAUUGUGGCUCUCAAAGGUUGCGAAAAUACUGAAACUGAUGGACACAUUAUUCGUAUUGGCAACGGUGCUAAUACAAAUACGGUUCGCAGUUUAGCCGUCGAGAAACUUGGAAUCUGUGUCCCUUUGGCCGACAUCAUACUCGAGACUUCCACAGGGGAAGCCUUAACAGAGAUCGAUCGAGUGAGAGCUCAACAAGUUGUAUAUAUAAACUUUCCCGAACAAAUAAAAGAUAAUAUUCCUGGUCCCCGUGGAUUACCUAUGGUUGGAAACCUCUAUGAAAUGUUGCCCGAUUUAGCCGCUGGAUGGGGGAAGCAAUUCGCCAUUUAUGGUCCACUGACGACCGUCAAUAUCUUGGGUUUAAAAAUCGUUGGUACAAACGAUCCAGCCAUUGCAGAGCUCUUUGUGAAAGAAUCUGAAUAUUUUACUAAAAAAGUCAAUGCUGGCUUAAAAAUCAUCAAAGAAUUUGCUGGCGGUGGGCUCUUUACAUCCAACAGUGAUGCAGAAGAAUGGAAACUGGCUCACAAAAUUCUUAUGCCCGCCUUUAGUCCUCGCGCUGUCAAGGCUUAUCAACCUGAAAUGGGUAUCAUUGCCCAAGAAACCAUAAAAGUUCUUAGUGAAUAUGCUCCAGAAGAUAAAGUCGAAAUUUUAGACUGGUGUACUAAUUUGACCUUCGAAACCAUUGGCCGCAUUGGUUUUGGUUACUCGUUUGAUUUGAUGGAUCGUAGUAAACCUUCUCACCCAUUUAUUAACGCCAUGGGUUACGCUCUUGGUAAUAGUGUUGCUCGCUUUGCACGCCCUUCUUUUAUGAGUAAAAUGCCUUUAGAAUCCAAUCGUAAUUGGGAAAGAAGUAUCAAGUUAAUGCAUUCUAUUGUCGACGAAGUAGUAGCAGAACGUAAAGCAAGUGAAUCAGCAAAGGAUCCAGCAAAAGAUUUGUUAGGUUUCAUGUUGAAUGCUCGUGAUGAACACAAUUUGGGCCUUAGUGAUGAGAAUAUCCGUGAUCAAGUUGUUACGUUUUUGAUUGCUGGUCAUGAUACUACUGCAAAUACUUUAGCUUGGGUUCUUUAUGAACUCUCUAGACAUCCUGAUAUUCAAGCCAAGGUGCUUCAAGAAAUCUCAAAUGCUGGAAUUACUUCUGAUGCGUUGCCCACUGUUGAACAAAUCUCAAGCCUUAAAUACCUUUCUAAGGUAUUAAAAGAAACCCUUCGUAUGCAUCCCCCUUUAAGAGGUAUUAGCAAGUACUGCAAGAAGGACUGCAUUGUCCCUGGUGGUUACCGUAUCAAAGGCGAUACGAGUAUUCAUGUUUCUAUUAUUAACUUACAUAUGAAUCCUAAUGUUUACAAAAACCCUACUGUAUUUGACCCUGAGCGCUUUUCUCCUGAAGAAGAACAGAAAAGAUCUUUAUAUUCUUGGUUACCCUUCAGUACUGGUCCCAGAGCUUGUAUCGGUAUGGCUUUCGCAUUACAAGAAGCUAAAACUGUACUCUCCAUGUUCCUCCAUCGUUUCGAUUUCAAGUAUGAUGGUCCCGAUGUCUGCUAUGAUCCUUACCAAGCUACUACUAAACCCCUCAACAUGUUGAUGAAUAUCCACCCUCGUACUAACUUUCCCGAACCUUCCGAAGAUGUUGUCAUUCAAACCGAAAGUUCUACUGGAGCUAUAAACAUACCCGAGAUAAACCAAGGAAUCCCCACUCUUGGUAGCAUUGAAUUACCCAAGAUCACCUUCCUCUUUGGUACCCAAACCGGUUCCGCCCAGGAUUAUGCUAAUCAACUGGCUGCUCAAGCUAAGCGUUUUGGUUUUAAGGACAUUACCUUUAGCUCUAUGGACCACUGGAAUACCAUUCAAACUGGCACUUAUAAAAAGUUGGGAACAGAUAGAAAAAAGAACGAACUAGUUGUCAUCUGUACUGCUACUUACAACGGCCAACCCCCCGACUCUGCUGAAAACUUUAACAAGUUUUUGGAUCUCAACUUGCAGGCUGGUAACGAAAGUUUACUUGAGGGUAUGGAAUUUGCUGUCUUUGGUCUCGGUAACAAGAACUGGAGAACUUAUCAAGCUUUCCCUCUUAAGGUUGAUGCCUCUUUAGAAAUUCUUGGUGCAAACCGUUUAUUCUCCCCCGGUAGCGGUGAUGCUGAUAAUGAUAUGGAUGGCGACUUUAACCAAUGGUGUGCAUACUUCUGGACCCACGUACUUGGAAAGUUUGGUGUUGCUGCUUCUUUAAGCAAGUCUGUUGUUCCUACUGCCACUCUUUCCGCCGAAGACUCUGAUUUGAAUGCUGUUAAAAUUAACUACAUUUCCCCUUCAGAUACCACGAAAUGGAUGGAAGCAAAGGAGAACAAAAACGGUGUAUAUAAUUCUACGUUGAUUGUCAACCGCGAGCUCCAACAAAAUGGUUCUGAUCGCAGUACACGCCAUAUUGAAAUUGAUAUUUCCCAGUUAGACUCGGUCAGCUCUGUCAAGGACCAACUUUAUGAUGCUGGUGAUCACAUUGAAAUCAUGCCCGAAAACAAUAUCGAAGAAGUUGAGCGUAUUGCUUUAGGUUUUGGUUUGGUUUUGGAUUCUGUUUUUGAAAUCGACAAUGCCUCAGCCGAUAGCUUUUCUCCUCGGUCUAUGGCUGCCGUUAUUAAGGGACCUUGUACUGUGCGCAAUGCACUGAUGUACUACGCUGAUUUUAUGUCACCUCCUUCUCGCCGUUUAUUAAGUUUCUUUGCUGCUCAGCUUCAUGCUAGUGCUCCCGAGACUGCCAAAAAGUUUGAUAGCUUGACUAUGCCUGAUGAAAACAACCAAGACCAGUAUCCUUCGUUUAUUAAAAAACACAGAACUCUGCUAGAUCUCCAACUGGCGUUCCCUCAAGUCAACUACCUUGAUCUUGGUCAAUUCUUGGCUGCUGUCAGUGUUAUGCAACCUAGACGUUACUCUAUAGCUUCUUCUCCUCUUGUUUUCCCCAAACAUGCUCAUAUCUCUGUCAGUGUUGUCGAUGAUAUUGUUGGUGAUAAACAUUAUGCCGGUCUUGCAUCCUCUUACUUGAAGAGACUUCAAGGUGAUAAAAUGUCCAGUAUUUGUGCCAGCUUAAAAUCGUCUAAAAGCACAUUUAGCAUGCCCCAAGAUGUUACAAAACCUUUAAUCAUGAUUGCUGCAGGUACUGGUAUUGCACCUUUCCGAGGUUUUCUCCAAGAAAGAGCCUUUCAAAAGAAAAACGGUCAAAAUGUUGGGCCUUGUACCCUAUUUUUUGGUUGUCGUAAUCCUGAAAAAGAUUUCAUCUACAGUGAUGAACUUGAAGAAUAUUUUAAAUCAGGCGUGCUUGUUAGCAAGCAUGUCGCUUUCUCUCGAAUGAACCCUCCUGCUUCUCAAAAGUAUGUUCAGCACGCAUUACUAGCAAAUGCUGGUGAAGUCUGGUCGCUGUUAUUGAAUGAAGGAGCUGAAAAUAGUGGCUCUAUUUAUGUUUGUGGUAGUGGUGCUAUGAGUCGUGAUGUUUACUCUACUUUUCAAGUGCUUGCAAGGAGCUUUGGAGCAGCUCAAAAUGACAAAGAAGCUGGUGAAUUCCUUCAGAAGCUUGUCGAUGAAAAAGAUUUCUUACAGGAUGUUUGGGGUUAGGCCUCGGCUAUUGUAUUUGUACAUUAUCAAUAAAAAAUAAUUUAAUCCAUCUU